AUGGCUUUGAGAGUCGCCGUGGCGGGUGCUACUGGAGACUUGGGCGUCCCUAUCGUGAAAGCCCUCCUAGCUGCAGGUUACCAUGUGACAGCCCUUACACGAGAAGGCAGCAACAAUACCUCGAAACUUCCCAAGAGCUCCAACCUUUCCAUAGCCCAAGUCAACUACUCCUCGGCCCAGUCUCUCGAGAAUGCUCUCAAAGGUCACACCGUCGUCAUCUCAACUCUGACAUCUACAUCAGUCGGCGACCAGAAUCCCCUUAUCGACGCCGCCAUUGCAGCUGGCGUGGCAAGAUUCAUACCAUCAGAAUUCGGCAGCGAUGUCCUCAAUGAGAAGCGCAACCAGUUGCCGGUGUUUGAAGGCAAAGUCAAGACGCACGAGUAUCUCAAGGCCGCAGCUGCUAACCAUCCCGGCUUCACUUACACGGUGAUUUGCACUGGUGCUUUCUUGGACUGGGGCCUGCAUGGCUUUGUUGUCAACGUCCCUGAGCGUACAGCCAUCAUUUACAAUGGCGGCGACGUCCCUUUCUCGGCGACUAGUCUCGAUACGAUCGGCAGAGCUGUCGUUGGGGUUAUUGAACACCUCCCUGAGACGGCUAAUCGUCCACUAUACAUUCACGAUGCCGUUGUCACUCAAAAUCAGCUGAUUCGUUAUGCCAAAGAAAAGGAUGGUCGAGAAUGGAAGGUUACGCACAAGUCUACCGAGGAAAUGCGUCUAUCUUCGCUGGAACAAGUGGCAAAGGGAAACACUGAUUGGUCGGUCCUGCAGAAUUUUGUUUUCAGCUCCUUUCUUGGGGAGGGAUACGGAAUAGACUUUUCGGACCACUUGGAUAACGAGCUUUUGGGCAUCAAGGGGUUAACGGAGGCAGAAGUGAGGGAGCUGGUUGAGAGUCUUCUAUAG